AUGGAGACUUUGUGGAUGUUCUUACUGAGCAAAAAUUUGGCAUUGAACAAAUCAGCAUGGCAGCAGCACCCUUACUAUCAUAGAAGAGAUUGGGGAGCGGGGCGUGCUGUUGACGGUCUAUAUACAGACCUGUCUGGUUGGGGUGGACAGUGUACGGUAUCUGGAAACAAUCAAAAUACAGCAGAAUUGUGGGUAGAUCUGGGAGAAGUACUCAGUAUACACCAUAUCUUUAUACAGUACAGGACGGACAAUAUGGAUUGGGACAUUUCGAACGGUUACACAUCUAGAUUCUUAGGAUUCUCUGUGUACAUAUCGAACACAACGAAAAAAGAUGAUGGGGUGCUGUGUUUUAAAGACAGAAAUUAUACCAGAGCCACAAUACCCAACCCUACAAACAUAACAUGUAUCACACACGGGAGAUACGUUUUCUACUACAACAACAGGACAUAUCCAUAUUCUCCUGGGUAUUCUCACUACGCCCACAACGAACUGUGUGAACUAGAAGUGUAUGGAUGUCCCAUGCCAGGAUACUACGGAAAAAACUGUUCCUUAUCCUGCCCACUGAAAUGUCAAGAAGGUCACUGUAAUGUUAUUGAUGGAACGUGUCUGGGUUGUGUUGACGGAUACCAAGGUCCAUAUUGUAACAAUGAGUGCAGCAUUGGCACGUAUGGGCUUGAAUGUGAAAAUUUAUGUGGUAACUGUAGUAACCGUAAUCGGUGUAAUCACGUGAACGGAAGUUGUCCAAACGGAUGUGAUGUAGGGUUUUUUGGUGAUGAAUGUAAUAAAGCCUGUCUUCCUGGUUGGUAUGGUCAAAACUGCACAAACAAAUGUCAUCAGAAUUGCUUAAGCUGUAACCGAUUCAAUGGUGACUGUAAGUUUGGAUGUAAGCCUGGGUGGAAAGGAAUAAACUGUGAAAAUGCAUGCGAUGGUCAUAUGUAUGGGAUUAAUUGUACAGAGAAGUGUGGUUCGUGUCUAAACGUUGAACAAUGUCACCACAUAAAUGGGACUUGUAUGAAUGGAUGUGACAGAGGAUUCCAUGGUUCUUAUUGUAUUGAAGCAUGUUCAAACGGGUCGUAUGGAUACAACUGUAACGAUACCUGUAGCACUCAUUGCCAGCUGUCUGGGAUGUGUGAUAGGAAAACAGGACAUUGUUACUGUCAAGUCGGUUGGAAACCAGAAAAAUGUGACUCAUCAUGCGAUGGUCAUAUGUAUGGGAUCAAUUGUACAGAGAAGUGUGGUUCGUGUCUAAACGUUGAACAAUGUUACCACAUUAAUGGGACAUGUUUGAAAGGAUGUGACAGAGGAUUCAUUGGCCCUAGUUGUAUAGAAGAAUGUCCAAAAGGGUCGUAUGGAUACAACUGUCAACACAACUGUAGCAUCCAUUGUCAGAUGUCUGGAAUAUGUGACAGGAAAACAGGACAUUGCCACUGUCAAGUGGGGUGGAAACCAGAUACAUGUGACUCGCCUUGUCUUCCGGGUUGGUAUGGUCCAAAUUGUACUAUCAAAUGUGGUGCAAACUGCAACAGCUGUAACAGAUUUAAUGGUGACUGUGAGUUUGGAUGUAAACGUGGAUGGAAUGGAUUAACCUGCCAAAAUGAAUGUAGCGAAAACACUUAUGGAUUAGACUGUAAACAGAUCUGUGGAAACUGCAGAAAUGGAGAACAGUGUCAUCACGUGAACGGUGGCUGCCCUAAUGGGUGUGACAAAGGAGCCACAGGCGUUAAAUGUGCCAUUGCCUGUCAUCAUGGUAGCUAUGGUUACAAUUGUGAAGACAAAUGUAGCAUCAACUGUGAAUUUCCAGAGAGAUGUGACAGGGUGACAGGGCGGUGUAAGGGAGAGUGCAAAGUGGGAUGGAAAGGACAGACUUGUGAUACUAGAUGCAACGGAGGUAAAUUUGGGGAAAAUUGCGCAAAUGAUUGCGGUCACUGUUUGCACAAAGAACAAUGCCACUACAUAGAUGGCACAUGUUCCAAUGGAUGUAACGAUGGGUAUCAAGGCAUUCAGUGUAAAAACAUUUGCAGUAACAACACAUAUGGAUCAAACUGCUCUCUGAGUUGUGGAAACUGUCUUUACGUGUACGGGGAACAAUGUCACCACGUGACUGGUCAAUGUCCACGUGGAUGUGUCAGUGGAUUUCAAGGAGACUUUUGUGUUGAAGAAAAUGACCUGUUUCUGCUAUCGUCUGAAGCAAGAUGUCAGCUGGCAGCUCCACUCUACUCUUUUAUUUCAUUGUUCUGUGUCAGUGUUCUCAUCAUUGUAUGCUUAGUUUUCAGAGUUUUAAGAAACCAUUUGCCAAAGUGCAAACAUAAGCAAGAAAACAAGAAAACUGGAAACUUCAGCUCCAGUAAAAUUUCUAAUAUCAUGUAUACGGGCGACAAUUGUGCUUAUGAUGAAGUUGGUGAAGUUACAAAGAAUCCGGAUUAUGAUGAACUUCAAUAAUUAUUGCUACUCAAACAUGACUAGGAGUAAAUUUUAUUAGAAUGAUUAUAUAAUUGCAAUUUCUGCAAAGUUUUAAGACUUGGAUAUUUUAAUAUUAAUGAUAUUGAAACAAAAUGCAUGCAUGUGAUUUUGUUACUGAUUUGCAUCAGUAUGUUAAAUCAAGUGAGAAUAUAAAAUGUUGUUUGUUUGGUUUUCAUUAAAGUUCAUGUUGAAACUAGAAGCUGACAACAAAACAUAAACUAAUUAUUAAUCUUAACAGCUGAUUUUAGGUAUUACAAAAGAAAACCUCUUUCAAGUAUUACAAUGACAGUAUUGCCUUUAUUUCAGCUCACGCAUAUUUUCAUUGAAAUUACAAGAAAACACAGAUAUGGUAAAGAAAUGAUGUACGAAGAAUUUCAUCUCUGUUUUUUUUUCUUAUAAGUAUUACAUUAUGUUUUUAUAAUGUUUAUGUAAAUAAACAGGUUAUUACAAUAUUAAAUAUUAAUAUUAAAAUAAAGCUUGCUCCUUAAAUAAUCAUUACCUAUUGCAAGAUAUACAAAAUAAAGAACUCUCUGUCUUUCUCUCUCUCUUUCUCUCUCUCUCUCUCUCUCUCUCUCUCUCUCUCUCUCUCUCUCUCUCUCUCUCUCUCUCUCUAUUUCUCUCUCAAGUAUACUCUUAGUACACUUAUUACCGGAAACAUAAUUUGAUAAAAUUUUAUUUCUGUUUUAUUACCACAACCUUGAAUAAUCUUAACAAAGUAUUAUACAAUUAUUGAAUAUAACAAAUUGCAUUAUAAAGAAAUCGAAAUAAGUUGUCCAUGUAGCUUCCCUGUACAGUUUUAAGCGGGUGUUUAAUGUAUCUAAUUCAUUCUUUAAUGGCGAUCUUAACACCUUGAAAAAAUAAAGAUGCAUAAGUAAGAGUAUCUAAGUUGUACAUUAUAAGAUCGUUCUACGUUAUUUGAUCUAAUCGACAAUAAUGACGAUUAAGAUAUUCUACUUAAAAAAAUAGAAAAAAAACCAUGAUUAAGAUCAUACUGUUGUUAUUUA